CUUGUUAGUGGCGGCGCUCUGGAUCAAAGGCUCGCUUGGCUCUCCAGUCGCACGGUCCUGUACUGAGCGCAGUCUGCUCUCGGUCUCCACGGACGCUCUUCUGUCUGGAUAUCGUAGCCUGUUUCUUUUUUUCCACUGGAUUAUAUUCAUCUGAUGGUUUUCAACUCCAACUCGAUGCAUAGAAAUGGGUAAACUGCACUCGAAACAUGCCGCUAUUUGUAAACCGAGGGAGAGUCCAGAAGGCGACAGUUUUGUAGUCAAUGCCUGUUUGGCGAGGAAGGGAAUCGACGACUGGCUCGUGAAGCAGAAAUACUACUGCACGAGCUCUCGCCUCGAGCAGCAGGACUGUCACCACAAGAAUAACUGCGGUUUGACUACACGGGACUCUAUGGAUGAAGCGUGUGCUGAGGGAAUUGGUGAUGAACACUACCGCUUAGAAGUGGCUUUACCCCCAGAGAAGACAGACAGCUGCUGUGUGGAGGAGAAGAUGCAGGAGAGGGACAGCCAAUCUCCCGCAGGGCCGCAGAAACAGCUCCAGUUUGAAGAGUUGGAGUGUGCUGUGUCUGUGGAGGAGGAUAACAGGCAGGAGUGGACCUUCACCCUCUACGACUUUGACAACAAUGGCAAAGUAACCAGAGAGGAUAUCACCAGCCUGCUCCACACCAUCUAUGAGGUUGUUGACGCCUCUGUCAACCAUUCUCCUGGCAGCAGCAAGACAUUGCGGGUUAAGCUCUCGGUGGCUCCCGACUCCAGCCAGCGGUGGAGGAGUUGUACACAGGGUGCAGCAGACUUGUCCCACCCCAGAGAGAAAAAUGACAAGUGUAUAGAAGACCCCAAGAGCGCAGACAAGAAGACUCGAGCUCUGCUAAGGCGCCACCACAGUGACCACCACACCCAGCCGGGCUGCCAGCGCCACUGUGUGGAUGAGAACCUGGAACGCAGGAACCACUACUUGGACCUGGCAGGCAUCGAAAACUACACAUCACGCUUCGGAGCCGCUCCUGUCACAGAGCCGACGAAGGCAGAGCCUCAGACCCGCUCAUCCAACCAGACUCGUUCCCGCUCCCACGAACCAGAAAAUGGCCACUCCCAUUCCCAUCACCGCCGCUUGCAGACUGUUGUGGACACUGCUGCUCCGGACAGCCUCCAUCCUCCCCGGCCGCGAGGCCAAGACUCAGGGAAACAUGCCCUCCGUUCUCCCAAGACCCACAGCCGCACACCUCCCGCACAGAUCAGCAGCAGGGUGAUGAGAAGCCGAGGUGUGCCUCCCCCUCCGGCCCUUCCCAGCCAGACCCCCCCUCACCAGUCCACAGCCCCCUACCGCAAGCACAAGCAGCGGUCUAAGGAGAGCCAGGGCUACCGCGCCUUAGGACCUCUGGCAGCUUCGGGGCCAGUGGUGGAGAAGGAGCAGGUGAGGGACCUGCCCAGCGUGCUGCUUUAUGAGGGGGGGCUGGCACAAGUGGUGCAGCGGCAUGAGCAUCACCACCACCACGAACACCAUCACCACUAUCACCACUUUUAUCAGUCCUGAAUCUCCACCCUGCCCUGGGACAGCUCGGCACUCCCGCAGCCCCACAUUAACCCAGCCCGGCCUGCAGACACUGACUGCAGUGAACUCCCUCCUCAAACACUGUGCAGUUAGCCCUCCCGUGGCUUUGUAGCCGAGACAGGACAUGGGGAGGAGAGAGGAGGAGGAUCAUGGGAGGGGCAGUCCAUUGCUGAGAUGUUAAUAACCAGUGUUAUGAAGAGGUUGGUCAGACAUACAAAAGCUUGGGUAUGCAGCAGGACUGAGGAUCAUGGCUGGGGCUCAAGAGGAGUAACAGAGGGACAGAAUUAAUAAGCAGCUUCUCUUUCCCCCUGACCAUGCAUCCCACUACCUGAUGAACUCUACGGCUCCAAACCAGCACCACAACCCUUCCAGACCACUAAGCCAAAAGGUUUCUAAGGAACAGGAGGGAUGAGGGAGAGAAAAACUGUGGUGUAAAGAUGAAAAUAUAUGAAGGAAUAUAGGUGAUAGGAGAGCAGGGCAUAGCGUGUAUAUGUGUGUUUUUGUGUGGGUGCGUGUGUGUGAAACAUUGUGUGAAUGUGUGGGCGUAGCAAGAGUGUGUGUGAGUGUAUGUGUGUGAGUGUCACGACACUGGUGUCUGUUGAAAACCACUUGAAGUGCGCUCAUGGGUGCGUGAGUAUUUAAAGCUGGCUGUCAGGCAGGUUUUUGAAGAUGAAAAUGAAGAUUCUGAUCUAAGCACGCAAUAGCCCCGUCAGCAAGUUUAAUGGGAAGGAAAAUGUUGAAACGUUAUAAAGUAAAAAAAAAAAAAAAAGAAAGAAAGAAAGUUAAAAAAAAAAAGAAAGAACAGAUCCCAAAUCCGCUGCUACCUCUAAUUUUAUCCUAAUUGUUGUUGUGAUGGUGACUAAGCAUUCAGAGGUUAUUUUCAAAUUACUUUGAAACUUCUUUUGAGAGAAGAGAAAUCGUGUCACAAUCUGCAGUACUGAAGUGUCGAAAAGCUCCUUACUUUUAUUAACUAACAUUUACUGUACAUAAGGUAUAUAUUGUUAUCAAUUUUAUAAGCUUUAUUGAUAAUGUGAUAUCUUUGUAUUCACUAUCUGAAGCUUUUAUGUUUGUUUUCCUACACAAUCGCAUUUUAUAAGACCACUAGAAGCCCCAUUUUGACUUGGAUAUGUAACUGGUACUAUUCACUACUCAGUCUCACACACUCCUUCAUUCUCUGUGCUUCAACUUUCUUACCAUGUGAUUAGACACAUUACUGUGACCUAGUAAUUGAGGCUGAAUCCCAACUCUCAACAGUGCUGUCCAGUAGCGUCCAGUAGUGUUUACUGAGAAUAAAAAAAGGUUAUUUUAAGGUACAUGGCUGUACUUUUGAAUAUAUAUCAAGGCACAUUACUUGAGUGAAGUUCAUGUUAAGCUUAGCUGUAAUUUAAAGGCCUUUGUGCCAUUCAUGUAGACAAAAGAUAUUGUCAGCCUUUCCCCUCUAAAAUACAUACACUAUAAAGCUUUUUUUUUAAGUUCUUGGACCUCAGCAAUGUUUAUACCAAAAGGUCUCUUCGCCCAAAAUGUCAGCAGUUGAAUCACAUGUCCUGAAUCCCAUGAUACACUUAAAAACAAAACUAGAGAUCUGUGA